AUGAGUCAAACAUCAAUUGAAUUACGCCGCGAUAUCGCCCACGAAGAAGGUCCAUCUUCAGACCUCGAUCUCACAGGCACCACCGAGUUUCCCUCUUUACCACCGGUGGAUACUGGUAAAGAUGCCUGGUUAUUCUUGGCAGCUGCAUUCAUGGUUGAGGCUCUAAUCUGGGGCUUUCCAUUUGCCUUUGGUGUUUUUCAGGAUUAUUAUAGUACCAGUGGUCCGUUUGAAGGGUCAUCGUCCAUCGCGGCAAUCGGUACAUGUGCAAUGCCCAAGCUUGCAUAA